AUGGAUUCAAUUUUGAUUGCAAAUGAAGCAGUUGACUCUAGAAAUAACCAAAAGAAGCCAGGUGUCCUAUGUAAGUUGGAUAUAGAGAAAGCUUAUGACCAUGUUAACUGGAAAUACUUAGUGAAGAUGUUGAAUCUGAUGGGUUUUGGGCAGAAAUGGUUUCUUUCAAACCCAAAGAGGUCUCAGGCAAGGUGCUCCCUUGUCACCUUUUUCGUUUGUGAUCACUAUAGAGGGUUUAAACAACAUGAUAAAACUGCUAACUUGAGAGGCUGGUUAAGAGGUUUUGAUGUGGCCAAAGAAGGUGUUGAGAGACUAGAAGUGAUACACUUGCAAUAUGCAGAUGAUACCCUGAUUUUCUAUGAUACUGAGGAGGAACAACUGAAGUAUCUAAAACUGAUUCUGAUCUUAUUUGAAGGUGGUGAGAUAGGAGAUCUGCCUACUAUAUACUUGGAAAUGCCUUUGGGGGACAAAUCCAAGCCCAUAGACAUAUGGAGUAGCGUGGUUGAGAAGUGUGAGAAGAAAUUGGCCAAGUGGAAGUCUUAG